GAAUUUCUCGUUUAGUGAUGUUAGAUCGCUACUCACAAAAAGAUAAAGAAAGAAAAACUCUGCAAGUUGGUGAUGUAGUUUUGACAGUUAUCAAGUUUGAUCCAAAGUUUCCUGCUCGAGGGGUUGGAGAAAUAAUUGACAAAAUAGUCGAUAAUCGAGGAAAUUCAUUUUGGGUUAUUGAAAUUGAAGAAGAAUUUGCAAGUAAUAUCGAGCCCGACUCACUAUAUAGCGACAAUCCAACAAGAAUACUAAAACAAAGUUUUGAAAUUGAAAAACCCUUAGAACUAUUUUACGAGCAAAUUGCUUGA